AUCAUUUUGAAAAGUUUACUACAGAUUGUUUUCGUUUAUUUUUGUUUUAAAAAAUGUUUUUACGAACUUUAGAUAAUAAAUUGACCAAUCAAAUAUUCUACAGUUUCAGGAAUUUCCCAAAAACAGCUCUUUCUUUCAGUGCCACAAAGAGACUGUCUUCUGAAGACUUGAUACAAAUUGCUUUGUCAAAUGUUAAAGUAAAGAAACCAGGAGACUGGACUAGAGUAAAAGAAUUUGUUUUUGCACAUGAAUCGAAUAGAUCUCAAUUUUAUGGGGCGCACAAUAUCGAUGGCAUCAUUAUGGGAACUUUGGGCAGGAUAGAGAGAUUGGAUUUGGCCCAAAGCUACUUGAAAUACCUCCAAUCUGAGCUAACCAAACCAAAUUUGGCUACCUUAGGCAGAUAUUUAAGAUUGCUGUAUGAUAGUGCCAAAGAUAAAAUUACCGAAGCUCAAGAACAAGAAAUUUUAAGUAUUUGUAUGGAAAUCCAACGAAACAAUUCAAUUUUGGAUUCAAGAACUCUAGAAAAUAUGGCCUUACCUCUUUCACUAACUAAAGAAUGGCAAAAAUGUUUCAAUAUCAUACAGGAAAUUAAAAGGACUUCCAGUGUCAGUACAACAGUUUAUAGUGCAGUAGCUGCUUCGGCAUUUAUCAACAAUGAAGAAGACUUAGCUUGGAAUUUAUUGAAUGAAGUAUUGUCCUUGGAUAAAUUACCUCUAAGCGUCGCAUUUUUGUCCUACAUUGAAGUUUUAAAAAAGCAAAAGAGAAAAGUUGAUUUAGUGAAGUUGUUGACAUUUUUCAAAGAAUCUGAAAUGCUUUGCCAUGAAGAAGUUGUAAAUGGGAUUCUUAAAGAUUUCAAUGUUGGCCAAAAAACAACAAUAAAAUUUUCAGGUGAGUGCCAAAAUUGCCUCUCAAAACUUAAAAAGCUGGAAUUAACUGAUGCAGAAUUCAGUGAGUUGAAAGAAGUAUUUUUCAAAAACGCCAUCAUAGGCAAAGAUUUAUUUAUAAAAACAAAUCCAGAUGAAAUGAGAAAAUUUCAACAAUUUGUCAAUAGUAUGGAACAAUAUGAUGUUGUUUUGGAUGGAUUAAAUAUUGCUUAUUCUACUGGGGUACAGAAAGGACCCGAAGUAUUUUCUAGAAAGUUGUGUUCAGUUAUUUCGCACUUUAGACAACAAAAUAAGUCUGUCCUUAUGCUAGGAAGAGUCCACAUGACUAGAUGGCCCAAAAAUAAUUGGCACUACAUUAAAAAAAACUCUUCCAUUUUUUUAACACAAAAUAUUUCACAGGAUGAUCCUUACUUAUUAUACUGUGCCCUACAUUCAGGAAAAAAUACAAUAAUUGUCUCUCGAGACUUGAUGAGAGGCCAUAAGUUUCUUUUAAAAGAAAGAAAAUAUAAAAUUCUCUUCAACAGAUGGUUAUCACAAAGACAAUACUUUUUGUCAUAUGUUGAUGAUAAUGGCAAAGCCAGUUUUAGAAUACCUCCUCAUUUUAGUGUUAUGACUCAAAAGAUUGACGGUAUAUGGCAUGUUCCUUAUAUUCCAGAAGGAAAUGGUACUUUGAAUGAAAGUUACCAUAAAACUUGGUUAUGUUUUGGGCGAGGUUUUGGGAGUAACUAACAGAUAUUUUGUUUAUUAAACAUUUUUUUAAUUAAAUUAGUCUUAAAAUUAUUUACUUAUUCACUGGGUUUAUACUUACAACUAAGCUGAAGAAAUAUCUGUUUUCAACAUCUUGUUUUCUUAUGUAUUGUAUGUACUUCAUUGCUUGCCUUGUUUCUGAAUACGGUUUUGAAAAGUCACGCUUUUGGCCUUUUUAAGUCAAUUUUCUCAGUAAUCAAUCUAAUUUAAACCAGGAGUCUCAACUGCCUUUUCCCCGAGCUUUUCCAUUAGGUUUUCAAAUGUAGCAUUCUAAAAUCAUCCAUAGGAAGAUUUGACUAUUUUGGUUUAGUUUGAAAAAGUUGGAGCUGUUAAAAGUAUUGAGUAUGUUUUCGUUGUGACCGAGUCAAUAGAAAUGCAUCCAAUAACCUACUUAACCUUCCUAUAACACAUACAACGAUUGAAGCAAUAGCUGUUCUGAGAAAAUGUUCAUUUCAGAAAUUAAUUUUUGGCCCAAACAGUUUUCUCUUUUCAAAACUACGUAUCAAAACGUUCCUUUGCAUGGACUUAAGCAAACCAAGCUACUUAUGAACUUCAAAAAAUCUAGUCCUCAACAUACACUUCCUAUUUACACCACACCAAACAAUUCAAAGAUUAUUUCACAAAUUCUCAUAAUUCAUCAACGCAUUUUUAGGCUCAAUAUUAUGCACUUGUCUCAAAUGACUAUUCCUAUCAUAAUUAUCCCGAAAUCUUUUAUCACAACAAUCACAUUUUACCGGUUUUUCUCCAGUAUGAGUCAAAAUGUGUCUUUGCAAUUUGUUUUUAUAAGCGAAUAUUUUCGGGCACACUGGGCAGUUCAAUUUUUUUUCUGGAGUUUUCACCACAAAAUUACCCAUGUCAUGUUCAAUUUUCAUGUGUCUUCUCAAGGUCUCCUUUUUCUUGUAGUCUUUCAAACACAAGCCACACUUGAAGAGCCUCUCAUUUGAGUGGCUCAUAAGAUGUGUUUGUAAAUCAAUUUUCUCCACAAACUUCUUGUCACACAAGUGACAAAGAAAGUCUUUAAUGCCUUCAUGUCUCCUCAUAUGUUUUAUUAAAUUAUUGUUCAGAGGAAAUUUCUUGCCACAAACUGUACAAAUAAACUUCCAAGUUUCAGGAUUUUGAUGCAUCUGCAGUUUAUGUGUUCUCAAAUUGCUGUGAGUCUUGAAGCUUCUAUCACACUCGUCGCAACCAUACUGUCUAAUAUUAUCAUGUGUUUUAUUAUGUUGCCAUAAAUCGUUGGAGGAUACAAAAGAUUUUCCACAAGACGAACAUAUAAAUGGCCUUUCGUUAUUAUGUUUUCUUAUGUGUAUGUUUAGGUUGUGUUGGCUAUAGUAUUUGGCUUCACAUAAAUCGCAUUUGAAGGGUUUUUCAAAGGUGUGCUUCGAUCUGACGUGUUGUACAUAUCUGUCCGUUCUCGUAAACUCCAGUAGGCAGUACUCGCAUUUUUGAGGACCUUUGAAUUUUGGACCUCUCUUCUUACCCUUGUAAGGUUUCUUUUCUUUAUGAGAUAAUAAUUCUUCUGAACUGCUAUAAUCAUAAACAUUAUUUUCUGAAUCACUGAAAGUUUUGUCACUUUUGAUUUCUUCUUUGGUUUGAUUUUUGUUUUCUGUAUCAAAAAUUAUAAGCGAUUGCAAAUGUUUUUUAUCUUCUUCUUCUGUUUUGACUUCAUUUUUAAUAUUGUCGGUAUUAUGAUCAGAUUUGGAUUCUUUUCCUGAUUUUCUUUUCACAUUUUUUUUGGGGUUUAGAUGUAUUCGAGUUAUGUGAAGACUUAAGGUACGUUUCAAUCUGAAAUACAGACACAAAAAGGUAAGUUGAUUUAAUUUAGGUUCAAUUUGAUUCCAAUAAAACCAAGUUUCAGUUAUCUGAAUACUUCACUAGUUCACACUAGAGUUCUAAUUGGAACCAGAGAAAGACUUUAAAAAAAGGUGAAUAAUUUUGGAUUGCACAGGGUGUCCCAUUUUGGUUGUACAUAAGGGAUAACUUGGAAAUUACUGGCAUAACUAGCGCUGCAGAACAGAUAGUCAGCAACAAUAUCACUGACAAGAUUGUACACAUCCACACCGACUGCAUACAAGCAGUAAUUGCCCUAUCUAAAUUCUAGACCAUCACUCACAACUCACUACAUAAGAAAAAUAACUAUGCUAAGGGUUAAAGUCGUGUCCAACAACGAAGGUUUGGCUCCCAAUACCCAUACAUUGGUCCUGCAACAUAUCAGAGGGAGCAGUUUAGUAGGUACCGAGGAAAUCAAGAGCAGAACCAGAAUCGCCCUCACCAUCCAGAGUUUAGGUAAAAGUGCAGUAUAGCCCGGUCACCUAAAAUAGUAUUUUUUUAAAAUAAGAAUCAUUUGUUCAACGUUUAAAUAGUGAAUUUUGAAGUGAAUGUUCCAGCGGAAAUUUUCAAUUGAAAAAGUUUAUUAUCCUGUUCCUACCUUUUAGAUAUGAGUUUUUAUAUUACCC